AAGUCCCCUCUAGCCCCUCACCGUACCCCCCGCCCGCUCCCCGUGGCGGGAGAAGCCGUGUGCGCUUCCCCACAAGACAGAAUCGAGGAAGUCUUCUCCAGAACCUCCUCAGGACCGGACACGCUGAAGUCAAGUGGACCCUGCAGGACUCCGGUGAUGCUGAAGUCGUGGUAGGCGCCACAGACCUUGGACCACCUUUUUGGACAUUUGCACACCUUGGCCCAUGUAGCGCGCGCACCCGCCGGAGGAACAAGUGCCGUGCGCGCCCACAGAGCAUCGUCCAUGUUCGGCAUCCAGCGGAGCGGCGGCAGCCUGAAGGAGGAGCCGCUGGUCGGCAUGAACGCCGUCCGGGGCUGGAUGCAGGGGGGCGGCGUGCUGGACGCUCACACGGCCGCACAAAGCGGAGUGGGUCUGGCCCGGGCCCACUUUGAGAAGCAGCCCCCCUCCAACUUGCGCAAGUCCAACUUCUUCCACUUUGUGCUGGCCUUGUACGACCGCCAUGGUCAACCUGUGGAGAUCGAGAGGACCACCUUUGUGGACUUCAUCGAGAAGGAUAAGGAGAGCAGCGGAGAGAAGACUAAUAAUGGCAUCCAUUACCGCCUGCAGCUGCUCUACAGUAACGGCCUCAGGACGGAGCAAGACUUUUUUGUGCGACUCAUCGACUCCAUGAGCAAACAGCCGAUCGUGUACGAGGGCCAGGACAAGAAUCCCGAGAUGUGUCGAGUUCUGCUCACACACGAGAUUAUGUGCAGUCGCUGCUGUGACAAGAAGAGUUGUGGAAAUCGCAACGAGACGCCGUCAGACCCAGUCAUCAUCGACAGGUUCUUCCUCAAGUUCUUCCUCAAGUGCAACCAGAACUGCCUGAAGAACGCUGGGAACCCACGAGACAUGAGGAGGUUCCAGGUGGUGGCGUCGACCACGGUCAGCGUGGACGGACACGUCCUGUCCGUGUCCGACAACAUGUUCGUCCACAACAACUCCAAACAUGGGCGACGGGCCCGCAGGCUCGACGCGGCCGAAGGAACGCCCUCGUACCUCGACAACGGAGCGGCGCCAUGUGUCAAAGCCGUCAGUCCCAGUGAAGGUUGGACCACAGGGGGCGCUACUGUCAUCAUCAUAGGAGACAACUUCUUUGACGGCCUUCAGGUCAUCUUUGGAACCAUGCUGGUGUGGAGCGAGCUGAUCACGCCGCACGCCAUCCGCGUGCAGACGCCACCCAGACACAUUCCUGGCGUGGUGGAAGUCACGCUGUCCUACAAGUCCAAGCAGUUCUGUAAAGGCACGCCAGGAAGGUUCAUAUACACAGCGCUCAACGAGCCAACCAUUGACUACGGCUUCCAAAGACUCCAGAAGGUCAUCCCUCGGCACCCGGGAGACCCUGAGAGACUGCCAAAGGAAGUGAUUCUGAAGCGAGCGGCCGACCUGGUGGAGGCCCUUUACGCCCUCCCCCACGGCAACCAGGAGAUCAUCCUAAAGCGAGCGGCUGACAUCGCAGAAGCGCUCUACAGCGUUCCCAGAGGCCACACCCAGCUACCCGGCCCCGCCCACCCCGGCAUGAUGGCCGUCAACUCCUUCGCCGGGCAGCUGUCCGUCAACGUCUCGGAGGCCGCGCAGACCAAUCAGGGUGAGCGGCAUUUCAAAACAAAAGCCUCCGACCCGACCAGCGGGGCUGACGUGACUCCGCCCCCAGCAGGCUUCGCCCGCAGCAGCAGCAGCAGCAGCGUGUCUCCUCCCAGCUACGCCUCCGGCUCCACGCCGCAGCAGAGCGGCUACACGCCGGGCGCCGUCAACGGCUACAACAUGACCAACCUGGGGGGCUCGCCCACCUUCCUCAACGGCUCCGCCGCCAACUCGCCUUACGCCAUCGUCCCGUCCAGUCCCGGCAUGGCGUCGUCCACGUCGCUGCCGUCCAACUGCUCCUCCUCCUCCAGCGUCUUCUCCUUCUCCCCCGCCAACAUGGUGGCCGCCAAGCAGAAGUCGGCCUUCGCCCCCGUGGUCAGACCCUCGUCCUCUCCGCCGCCGCCGUCCUGUACGGUCGGCGACGGCAACGCGCUCCAAGAUCCAAACUUUGUGGACUCCAACAAGUUCUCAGGCCUGGUUUUCACCUGAAGUAUGCCCCGCCCUCUUUCUACCGCCUUCUUGGCCCCGACCACCAUCACCGUGCGUGCGUACUGGACUCACACCGUCCUGGCGGAGGACUUCCUGCUACUAAAGAAGCAGCCGCUCGAGGCGUCCCUAAGCCCCGCCCACACGGAGACAGGAAGUUGUAUUAUUUUGGAGGGGUCGUCCUCCUCCUUGGUUUCCUGUCUUGUCUGUCGAUGAUGUCUGGUGGCGACCAGCUGAACUAAUCCAUCCCAUAAUGCCCCACUUGGCCUCUGGGUUGAGCUUCUUGUCAUGUUGUGAGACUGCUGGUCAUGUGACAAAGCAGCCAGCCAAUCGGGGACGAGAGGGGGCGGAGCAUGAUUUGGUUUAUUUGAGAUGUGAUUUCUUACCUUCUUUGUUUGUGAUGAGCAGCCAAUCAGGACUCACUUCCUGGUUGAGGCGGCCAAUGGGGCGCCGGCGGUCUCAACGCUCCGGUUUACUUGGAUUUGAUCUCCGGACUUCAACUUGCGGCGCUGGCGUGAAGGUGAGGCGGGUCCCACGCCGUGAACCCCGCUGACCUCUGCCGUCGUCAAGGUCACGUCUCUUCCCUUGGUCUUCUUUCACAAGAUGUUUAUUUAUUUUUUUAAGUCGCAUCGGGUUUCUUUUGGGCGUGUUUCGUGGGUCAUGUGACCACCGGCAGCCGUGAUGACGAUGAUGAAGAAACCACUGUACAGAACUUUUGUAUCGUUUUUAACUUUUGGAUAUUUAAAUAAAAUUCUCCUGUCUGUCGUCA